GACAAGUCAAGAGACAGAGAAAGUUCUGACAGAGAUUUAUGGCGGAAGCUAGCGGAGUGAAAAGGAUGAAGCUAGGAAGCCAAGGCCUUGAGGUAUCGGCGCAAGGCCUUGGUUGCAUGGGCCUCUCUGGUCAUUACGGUGCUCCGAAGCCGGAAACUGACGCCAUCGCUCUCAUCCACCACGCUAUUCACUCCGGUGUCACUUUCCUUGACACCUCUGACAUUUACGGUCCUGAAACCAACGAGGUUCUCCUUGGAAAGGCUCUGAAAGAUGGAGUUAGAGAAAAAGUGGAACUUGCGACCAAAUUUGGAGCUACUUAUGCUGAGGGAAAGAGAGAGGUGAGAGGAGAUCCUGAGUAUGUAAGGGCUGCUUGUGAGGCUAGUUUAAAGAGGCUAGAUAUUGCCUGUAUUGAUCUUUAUUAUCAGCACCGUGUCGAUACUCGUGUUCCUAUCGAAAUCACUAUGGGAGAACUGAAGAAGCUGGUUGAAGAGGGUAAAAUAAAGUACAUUGGUUUGUCUGAAGCCUCUGCUUCAACUAUCAGAAGAGCGCAUGCUGUUCACCCAGUUACUGCCGUGCAGUUAGAAUGGUCCUUGUGGACGAGAGAUGUGGAAGAAGAAAUCAUUCCGACCUGCAGGGAACUUGGGAUUGGGAUUGUUGCUUAUAGUCCUCUAGGACGAGGUUUCUUUGCAUCUGGACCCAAGCUUGUUGAGAACCUAGAAAAGGAUGACUUCAGAAAGGCUCUACCAAGAUUCCAAGAGAAAAACUUAGACCACAACAAGAUUGUUUAUGAGAAGGUUUGUGCAAUCUCGGAAAAGAAAGGAUGCACUCCUGCACAGUUAGCUCUGGCAUGGGUUCACCACCAGGGAGAUGAUGUUUGUCCCAUCCCAGGAACCACUAAGAUCGAAAACCUCAACCAAAACAUUGGAGCUUUAGCAGUGAAACUCACACCCGAAGAGAUGACUGAGCUUGAGGCCAUUGCCCAACCAGGUGUUGUGAAAGGGGAAAGAUACGGUAGCAUGAUACCCACUUUCAAGAACUCCGACACUCCACCGUUGUCUUCUUGGAAAGCCGCUUAAAGCCGGUUGAAGUUUCUAUGGUUGUGGUGGUGCAUCAUGACAUUGAAGUGGUCUAACUUAUGUCAGUCAGAUCAAGGUAAUAAAUGUGUUAAUGAAAA